GGCGGCGCGCUGGCGCGGGCUGCGCCCCCUCUCCGGGAAGCCUCCCGGGGCUCGGGCGGGCUCUGAAAACUCCCCGGCUCCCUCCCGGCGCUCCCUUCUGCUCUCGCCUCCGCGGCCACCCCCGCUCCACCGCGUCCCCGGCGCCAUGGAGAGCUCGGCCCCGAGGGAGGGCGCCGGCGCCGGCCCGCAGCCCCCGGCGCAGCCCUUCCUGCCGCCCGCCGCCUGCUUCUUCGCCGCGGCCGCCUCGCAGGGCACGCAGCCCCCACCGCUGAGCCCGGCGGCCGACGGCCAGCCCGCGGGGGGCGGCCACAAGUCGGCGCCCAAGCAGGCCAAGCGCCAGCGCUCGUCCUCGCCCGAGCUGAUGCGCUGCAAACGCCGGCUCAACUUCAGCGGCUUCGGCUACAGCCUGCCGCAGCAGCAGCCGGCCGCCGUGGCGCGCCGCAAUGAGCGCGAGCGCAACCGCGUCAAGCUGGUGAACCUGGGCUUCGCCACGCUGCGCGAGCACGUCCCCAACGGCGCGGCCAACAAGAAGAUGAGCAAGGUGGAGACGUUGCGCUCGGCCGUCGAGUACAUCCGCGCGCUGCAGCAGCUGCUGGACGAGCACGACGCCGUGAGCGCCGCCUUCCAGGCGGGCGUGCUGUCGCCCACCAUCUCGCCCGGCUACUCCAACGACAUGAACUCCAUGGCCGGCUCGCCGGUCUCGUCCUACUCGUCCGACGAGGGCUCGUACGACCCGCUCAGCCCGGAGGAGCAAGAGCUGCUGGAUUUCACCAACUGGUUCUGAGGCGCUCGGCCGCGCGGGCCCGGGGCGGAGGGACUUCGCCGGCAGGGUGAACCGCACAACCCGUACCUUUAGUGCUUUUCUUGGCGAUGUUGGGAGGGAGCGAAAGAAAGAAAAAUAAAUAAAUAAAGGAAGAAAACACAUAUACACAAAAACAAAAGCAGCAGGCAACCGACCCCGGGCCCACUCAUCCACGCACGCCUGCGAGGCGAGGCGCUCGGAAAAUAAGGGUGUGCUCCGAGUCGCGUCUGGCAGUGCAAGUCAUCACCGGGAUGCAGAGAGCGGCGGGUGCCGAGUCUGCGCACAAGGAGGCUGCUGGCCUGGGCUGGGGUCUCUGGCGACCCGAGCAGCCCACGCCCCCAGAAACUCCCACCUACUGCCGCGAGGCCGGGCUGGGGCGGCAGCUCGGUGCGUUGCCUUCACCCCGCGCCCUCUCAAAGCAAGCGCAGGGCUCAGCCCUCUAGAAAUGGGUUGGUGCCUUUUCAUCCGGGUAACCCAGCCCAGUGCAGCUGUGGACCUUCGUCUGCAGUAAAACUAGGCCCCACUCAGACCCUGGAACCCCUCCGAGGACCCCCCCUCCCCAGACCCACCCUAUCUCUCCCACCAUCUUUUCUACUGUUUUCAUCAUAGAAUGCUUCCAAUCUUUUGUGAAUUUUUUUUAUUAUAAGAAAAAUCUAUUUGUAUCUAUCCUAACCAGUUUGGGGAUAUAUUAAGAUAUUUUUGUACAUAAGAGAGAAAGAGAGAGAAAAAAAUUUAUAGAAGUUUUGUACAAAUGGUUUAAAAUGUGUAUAUCUUGAUACUUUAACAUGUAAUGCUAUUACCUCUGCAUAUUCUAGCUGUGUAGUUCACCUUACAACUGCUGUUUCCCCUAUGUGGUUUUUGUAAAGAACUCUCCCCAUAGGUGAGAUCAGAAUACUGCCAGAUGUACUUCAGCACCAAUGUGUCUUACUUUAUAGAAACGUUGCUAAUGUAUUAAUGAUGUUAUUAAAUCCUGUUCACGAAGAACAAAGUUUAUUCAGCUACUGUCCAAACGAAAAAGUGGCAGCCAGAUGGUUUUGAUAGGGUUGCCUUUUGGAAAUUUCUACCACUGCCUUUUUUUUUUCUUACUGUUUUAUUACAAACUUACAAAAACGUGUAUAACCCUGUUUUAUACAAACUAGUUUCGUAAUAAAACUUUUUUCCUUUUUUAAAAAGUGAAAAUAA